UCCAACAUUCUUUUAUAUUGGAAAAGCUACGAUGGAUUUUGAGUAUCAGAACAUGUCAAUGAGCAAAAUUCUCUCAAGGAGAUCCUCUAUGGGGUGCUCCUCUCGCAUUUCUUAUUAUAGGAGUAGUGGGGAAGGGGUUCCAUUCAAAUGGGAAAUGCAACCAGGGAUUGCAAAGGAACAACAACCAAGAGAAGAUCUUCCUCCACUGAGUCCUCCACCAGCACUUCUCAGCCUGGGGCUACCCAAGCCAUGUAUUCCAGACACCAAACCUUCAACAAGGUCAAGGCUAAGGUUUUGGAAGAAAAGGGUAAAACGGGGAAAAAGCAAAAAGUCAUCCUCUUCAUCCCAUGAUUGUUUUCAUGAAGAUGAUGAUGUUAUUGGUUUGGACAUAUUAGAUUGCAACUCUGAUUCUGAGUCUAACUCAAUGGCAUCACCUCGUGGUUCUAGUUUCUCUUCUUGGUCGUCUAUGUCAUUCAUGAAAAGUCCUACUACUACUAUCAGAAAGGUAUAUAGAAGGCCUUCGACCUUAGGUUGCUUCCCCAUGCAUGUUACCAGAGUUUUCGUUUCUAUUGCAAGGCGUGAUUGAAGCAACAUUAUAUUUAUAGUAAGCAGUUAGUUCUGCCUUUACAUUUACGUACAUUAGAGUGAUAUUCGCACACACUCAAACACAAUAUUUUUCAUUUGUAAAAAUUUCAUCAUGUAAUAAUAGUUUAUCUGAUCAGAGCCUCUCUCUGCCAAGUCUAACGCUGUCACUUCAUCUGCUGUGAAGAUAUUAGAUUACAACUAAUGUGUAACAUUUAUUAUUCUUUAUAUCGUGACAUUCUUGUAAAAAUUU